AACGACUACAAACUGAGCUGGGCCCCAGUAGAGUUUGAUGGGAUUGAGUUCAUCAGAGUUCCAUCCAACAAGAUCUGGAGACCUGACAUAGUGCUUUAUAACAAUGCUGUGGGAGACUUCCUGGUUGAAGAUAAGACCAAAGCUCUGUUGAAGUUUGACGGUACAGUCACCUGGGUUCCCCCUGCCAUCUUUAAGUCCUCCUGCCCCAUGGACAUCACCUACUUCCCCUUUGACUACCAGAACUGCUCCAUGAAGUUUGGCUCCUGGACCUACGACAAGGCCAAGAUCGACCUGGUGCUCAUUGGGUCAAAGGUCAACCUCAAAGACUUCUGGGAGAGCGGCGAGUGGGAGAUCAUCGAUGCUCCGGGCUACAAGCACGACAUCAAGUACAACUGUUGCGAGGAGAUCUACCCAGACAUCACCUACUCCUUCUACAUCAGACGCCUGCCUCUCUUCUACACCAUCAACCUCAUCAUCCCCUGUCUCCUCAUCUCUUUUUUAACAGUCCUGGUCUUCUACCUGCCCUCCGACUGUGGAGAGAAGGUGACCCUCUGUAUCUCUGUCCUCCUCUCCCUCACUGUGUUCCUUCUGGUGAUCACUGAGACCAUCCCGUCCACCUCCCUGGUCAUCCCCCUCAUCGGGGAGUACCUCCUCUUCACUAUGAUCUUCGUCACCCUCUCCAUCGUCAUCACCGUGUUCGUCUUGAACGUCCACUAUCGUACACCAAUGACCCACACCAUGCCGGGCUGGGUCAGGUCCGUCUUCCUCAGGGUGCUACCCAGAGUCAUGCUGAUGAGACGGCCCAUAGACCAGGACGGCAAGGGCCUAUGUUCAGACAGCGGGGAGGAGAGAGGAGGAGGAGGAGGAGGAGGAGGGAAAGGAGGAAAGAAGAGGAAGAAUAGUCUGACGCAGGGAGGGAACUGCCUGGAGUUCGGAGACAACAAACUGACUGAGGGAGGAUGUGGAGAAAGAGGGGGAAAGAAGUGCCCUUGCCCCUGCCAACAUGGGAAGGAGACCCUGGAGACAACAGAUCCGGGGAAACUGAGCCGCCAGCUGAGUCCUCAGAGCAUCAACACGGUGGUGGCCUUCUCCGUCCUGUCCCCGGAGAUUAAACAGGCCAUCGAGAGCGUCAAGUACAUCGCCGAGAACAUGAGGAGCCGCAACAAGGCCAAAGAGGUGGAGGAUGAUUGGAAGUACGUUGCCAUGGUGAUAGACAGAAUCUUCCUGUGGGUGUUUGUGACAGUGUGCAUCCUCGGAACCCUCGGCCUCUUCCUGCAGCCUGUCAUUGGCUUCCUGUCAUAACCCGGAACCAAUAAGGGCUCACUGACACCACCGGCUGCCUCCACGUGUCGACCAGUCACCAAUCAGUGUUGUCAGUCCAUCGCCACCGAAUGGACUUGUUGGCUUUGUGUUGAAAAUUCUAAAUAAAUAAAUGACACAAUCAUACUGUAUAUAUUGUAGACAGCAAGAACCAAUCGGAGUCGCCGGGUAUGAGUUAGAACCAAGAACCAAUCAGAGUCGCUGGAUGUGAGUCAUAACCAAUUACCAAUCACAUAAAUCAGGAUUCUGUCGUGAACCAAUCCCGGUUAUUGUGCUAUUGUGUCUCAACCAAUCAGAUUGACAUGACACAGUGCAUUCUUGUAAAAAAAACUACAACCAACCAAUCAGAAAUCCCGUUCUUGCCGGUCAGGCGAUUAGAAUCCAUCCAUGUGAUUGAGAACACGACAACGACGCUGUUCUUAUCAACGUUCCAGAAGGUAUAAUAGGCAAGGCCUCUGUAAAUACGUGCAGGAUUAAAUUAGCCUGAACGGUUUCCAUCCAGAAAUAGCAGCUUCCUCUUCUAUACAGAUAUUAAUUCAUCUGAGGGAUUUCUAUCAUCCGAUUCCAUGACUAUUCAUUUGUGUUUUUUAUUCAUUCUUUUUAAUUACAUUUGUGGAUUCAACGAUCUCCUGAAAUACAAUACGUAGAUCAUGCAUGAUGGAUUUAGAUUGGUUGCUUCCCAAUUGGCACACUAUACACUACAUAGUGCAUUGCUUUUGACAGAGCCCUGUGGGCAGCACUAUGUUCCCUGGCCACAAAUAGUGCACUAUAUAGGGAAUAGGUUGCCAUUUGGGAUGCAGACAAUGGGUGACCAGGGUCUCUGCAUCUAUAUAUAAUUACUGUAAGACAAUUCUAUAAUAAUUAUAAUUAUAUUACUAUAGAGUACUGUCAUAUUUUAGGAUAACAGUUUUUUUUGUAUGGUUAUUGUCAUUAAUCCAACGCAUUAAGGCUUUUCGUUGUUUGUUUAAUUAGCAAUGCACACCUCGCACUCAAGUGACUGUCACUUUGGUACCGAUGUCUCCUGCUUUCUGUAUAGUAUGGCUGCACUACUUUAUGGACUUGGAAUAAAUGCAAUAUU